AUGGUUAUCAUCCCCGCUGCUACCCUAGUCCCCACUGCUGCCCCAGUCCCUCUUGCUGCCCCAGUCCCCACUGCUACUCCCAUCCCCAUUGUUGCUCCAGUCCCCCCUGCUGCACCUGUUUGUCCUCCUGUAGCAACUACCAAUAUUGCUGCUGCAACUUCUGCUGCCCUCAUAGGCAAUGGAAGACUCCUCAAAGAUAUCUUGUUGAUUGGGACAAUGGCAAAUGGAUCGACAUUAACAUCAGCGGCGACAAUAAUGAAGGAAAAAACAACGACCAGCCCUUGCAGAACCAACACUGCCAGCCCUCAUAGAACCAACACUGCCAGCCCUUGCAGAACCACACCACCAGCACUCUCAGAACUAAUCCCUUGGCUACAAGAUGACGACAAGGAGGCACAGGCACGACCACCACUGAAAUCCAUCACUUCUUUCGGAUUGAUCCAAUUUCAGGCAAGCGCAUAUGUAUACCAUGUGAGCACUAGCACUCUUUGUUGUCAUGUGGGCAAAUAUCAUAUGUAUUACUAUCUAACAGCACUUGAGAAGAAUGGCUGGCCAGCUGGCAUAAAUGCUGUACAAUGCCGCCUUGAUGAAGGAUGGACCCUUGCACAACUACUUGAAAGGCUCGAGGAUCCUGCUAAUACAAUCAAAUCACUAGGUGCUCCCUCCAAUACCAGACGUGGUGGUUUGCUGCCUGGUGUCAAGAUGUCAGCAUCUUUGGAUGAUACCUUACCCAACUUCUCUCUCAACGAGUUGCAUAGGCAUAUUGUGAAGUUCAUCAUAGCUGAUGACCAAGCCAUUAACAUUGUUGAAUGUCCUGAAUUUCGUCGGUUGAUCCUUCUCUUGCGGCAAGACUUAACAGACUCUGAUAUCCCUCAUCGCUUGAAAUUAUGUCAACUGAUCAUUGCUAUGUGGGAUGAGUACUUUGAAGCUACAAAAUGUGCCCUCGCAACUCAUCUAGACCUGGCUAUUCUCUUAUCAAGCGGGCUGUCCGCACUUCUCUUCUUCUUGAUUGUAACAUAG